UAACCUAAAAUAUGUAGUAUAUUUACAAUUUACAGUUUACAUUUACACGAUUGACUCAUCUUCGCAGUAGUCGUGUCACGGAAUGGUGCUUGUCUUUCGGUUAUUUUUGUGCCAAUAAACCCGAGUUAGCUGCGUUAAUUCACGAAAAUUCCUGUGCAAGAAAUUAUCCGAAAUUUUGGAUUUGUUCAAACAUCUCAACGAAAAUGCCGAAUAUUUCGAAGAGUAAAAAGUCGCCUACGAAGUUAAAGAGUUUUAACCAUAAUGACGAAUUCUUGUCUCGAAUUUCAAAAACACUUUACUACUCGAAACGGCCCGUUACAGAUUGUCUCAGUUUGCCAGUAACUGAGUUUGCUGCGGAAUUGUUUACGGAAGUAAAGUGUGGUCGAACGCUUGAAAGAUUGGAUGUCGAGGAAGCGAGUCGAAUUUCUCGAAAUGCCUGCGUUUCUCCCUGUUCUUUUGUUUUGGCACUUCUUUAUCUCGAACGAUUGAAGGAUUGCAAUCCUGAAUAUUUGCAACGAGUGGCACCUUCCGAACUCUUCCUUGUAACACUUAUGGUAGCGAGUAAAUUUUUACAAGACGAUGGCGAAGAAGAUGAAGUCUUUAAUGCAGAAUGGGCAAAAUCUGGCGAUUUGACUCUACCCCAAAUGAAUCGUUUGGAAAUGGAAUUCCUUAAUGCAAUUGACUGGACAAUUUUUGUACACAACAACGAUUUCUGGGAACGGUUGCGCAAGUUGGAGAAGGACUUGUCCUACAAAGAGGGAAGUAGACGAGGUUGGUUCUCCUACACGGAACUGAAUUGUCUGAUGGACGCUCUCAAGUUGAUGCCCGCGAUUCAAGCCUUCCUGAGCGUCUCCUCGGUCUGUCUCGCCGCCUACGUGGCCGGCGUUGCCACCAUUCUCGGAUCGAUUCUCAUCGCCAGUCACCUCCCCGGAACUGUCUUUCUCCCCAGAAGUAACAAAUCUUCUCGCCUUUUCCUCCUCUGCGAGACCUCUGCCAACGCGGCCGACUCGGAAAUUCUCUUGUCGCCGCCAAAUAACACCGUCGCGUCGCUGCGGCCGCUCCCGGCAACCAUCGUCAUUUCUUCCAACAAUUCUCGUCUCGAGUGCAACGAUUUUUUCAACAAAAAACCGGACCACCAUCUGAUCAAGUGUCCUCCCAUCGGUUGGGAACGCUUCUCUGAUUCGACCCUGACUACUGCUUCUCUUCCGGAUUUCGACAAUUUGCAAUUGGAAUCGGCGGCGGCAGGCAAUCUACAAAAUUUGGAAGAUCCUCGAGACUCCUUUUCUAUCAAUACGGAACCUCUCGAAUCGGACUUGUUUUUUCAGAGUAAAAACGAAUUUACGACAAUAUUCAAUAGAAGGGAGAUCCUGGACUUUGGCUACAAAUUUCCUUUGCAAAAUUGGAAAUAUUAUGUGAGAUUUAUCUCCUUCGGAUAGAAUUUGUGUCAGUGGGCUUACUAAUAGCUAUAAAUUAUCUCCCCGUAAUCCAUAUAUUUUUGGACAAAAAUAAUUUUUCAAAUAAAACAAUUGGCAACAUAGCAAA